AGGCCCGCGCGCGCGCGCGAGCAUGAGGGCGGCGAGGCUGUCCGGGGCAUGGCCCCGCGGCGGUCCUCAAAGCUGCCGCUCGCCGCCUUCGCGGGCGCCGCCAGGGUCGCCGCCGCCGCGGCUGGGGCCAGCGCCUCGACACCACCCGCCUUGUCCUGGCGCAGGACAGGGCGAAGCGUCCCAGCGUCGUCCUGGGACGGCGACGGCGACGGCGCCAUCAGCGCGCCCGAGCUGCUCGCGGCCGCCGACCUGCUCGGCCUGGGCCUGGGCGCCGCGCGGGGCCUGGGCGCCUCGUCGCCCGGGCCUGGCGGCGUGAACCUGGUGCCCCGGGCGGAGGUCGGGCCAGACGCUGCCUACGUGAACUGCCCGUGCAUCGACCACGUGGCCGACGCCUCCUGGGCGGCGCUGGUGGCGCCCUACGUGCCGCCUGGCAGGCGCUCAGAGCUCCGGGCCGCGGACGGCGCAGUGUUCCCGAGGAGCUACGGCAGCGCAGCCUGCAGGGCGUGGGACGAGGGCACCGGUUUCAUGGGCCUCUGCGAUCGGGCCACCCCGCCGAGGUUCUGCCAGCAGAAGUGGUGCUUCGUAGACGAGAAGAACUGCGGCCGCACGGAUGUGAAGAGCUCGCGCUCUCUGCCAGGCUUAAGCUAUUCCUACGAGACGUGCGGCAACAUUGGCGCUUAUAGCCAUAUGUUCAACGUCACCAGCUUUCUGCCGCUCCAUCUUCCUUACAUCAAUAUCCAGGAGGAUCGGCGGGCAUCGCACGGGAAACGCCUCGUGAUUAUAUCAAAAUCACCGUCAACGCCCAUCAAGGCACUGAAAGCACUGUUGAUGAUGGGUGCUGCCGUACUCGACGUGUUGAAUGUGCCACUUACCUCCGUGAGAUACAGGGAUAUAUCAUCCCCAUCAAUCCGCGAAGAUGGUUUAAGCAUGUACACGGAUUGCGUUUCCGACAUUGCUCUCGGCAACAUGGACAUGUGUAUGGGCGAUUGGUGGUUCACUCUGGAACGGAUCAACCUUGGUGUUCCAUUCGUCCCUGUCUACCACGAGGAUAUCAGGUUGUUGUUGCGCAAGGGCCAACGACGCGCGAAAGGGUUGCAACAGUAUAGAUACAGGAUGAAUUUGCUAACGUCGGCCAUCAAGCCGUUUGACUAUAAGUUGUGGGCGUGUAUUGUGGUCGGAAUGUUUUCGGCCAGCCUUGUCAUGGCCGUGAUGGAGCGGGCCAAGCAGGAGAAACGAGUCGUAUUUGGAGAGGCUGUUUAUUUAGCGUCUUCUAGCUUUGUGUCGUUUAGCAGUGCGUACAGUCCAAAGACGCCUGGUGGCAAGGUCAUGGGCUUCGGAGUUUCAUUCUUUCUCACAAUUGUUGGUGCAUCGUUCACAGCUAACACCGCACAGUUUUUCGUACAGGAAGCAGCCCACGAUCGGUACCAUAGUCUGCGCGAUGUGUUGGACGAUGGCAAGCCAAUUUGCAUUUCAGGCGGCAUCGCGCUCAAGAAAAUACUCGUAAGCAGAUAUGGGGAACGUCUUGCAGAGCUUGGUGAGGUCAAACCAGAGAGUGAGUUGUUCACUCUGCCACCCAGCGAGUGUUUUGGAUGGAUCGCCCAAACGAAUAUAGUAAUCGAUGCGUGGAGCACUUAUCGAACCGACGCUUGCGAGUAUGAGUUCGUCGGGGAGACGUUGUUUCAGUUCUUCCUUGGCUACUAUGUCUGUUCAGAGCUGUUUCACCCAACGAUGUAUGCGGUUUCAAAGCUUCGAUAUAAUGGCACGUGGUCGUCGAUACACGGGCAGGUUUGGCCGAAAAGUACCGGGUGCAACUCCAAGACGCGUACAGGCCCGAUGCAGUUGACUGCUGACCAUAUGUUCGGGCCCAAUGCGGGCCUCCUGAUCUGCUGUCUGGUGUCGCUCUCGCUGCACGUUUUUUCCCAGACGGCCAGGAAGGUGAGAGGAAUAUCCGCCCUGACCGAGCUGGAAGAUUCGUCGUCGGCCGAUGCGCACGGCGACUGAUGCCAAAAGGCGCAAAAGCGCGCGCUGCGCGCCUGUGCGCAAACGUUCGCGCAGGCCCGCGCGCGCGCACCCACUCGAGCAGGUGCGCAACGCGCGCGCGCGCUCGACCAGCGGGCGAGCGCGCGCGCGCGUUGCCCGGCGGCCGAGCGCGGAGUCCGCGACCGCUGCCUCCAGAA